GUACGUUUGGCACACGAGACCAGCCUCGUUUGUUUGACGCAAUCUCCUGCGAUGUAAGUACCUAACGAGUUGGGGCACUUAAAACGAGACAUGUGUGAGAUUCAGGUCGCCAAAACUGUUCCCUUCCUGCUCGGAUGUCCACCAAUACUGGAAAAUCCAAGAAAGAUCACCUUCCUACCUCCGAGUAUGAAGACUGGGGGUUUGAAAUCCUCGAUCCUGUUCCCCCUUAUUCUCCGGAGGAACUGCUGAAAAUUGUUGAUGUGCUUGGGUCCCCAGAAGCUAAGUCAGCACUUCAAAAAGCAGUUCAAGACCUAGGGAGCUCUGCGUACUCCAUCGACAUAUGCUUCAAUAAUGUCGCCGAGGGUCUCCGCAAGGCUCACACACAAGGCACACAAGCGCAGAAGCAGCAGUUGCAGGGAUAUGCUGACAACUGGGCCGCACACCACAAGGAAUACACGUGCCUCCUUUGGGAAUCGCGCCGCAUUGCCGGACAUGCUCGUGUGAUUGCGAAUGAUUUCGCUGGGGACUUCCUGAGCCUAAUGGAUACGUCUGACAUGACACUUAGUGAAAAGAAGGCAGAAAUUCAAGCAUACCGCAAGCAAUUAGACGAGGACAUGAAGAAGUCUUCAGACCUUUCUCAGCGCUUUGAUGACCUGCGUAAGGCUGUGGUGAAUUUUGGGGAUGACAUGGCGGAGUUCCUCAGUUCUUGUCGCAACAUACCAGUUGCACUUCAAAUCGCAGCGAGAAAAGUGGCUACACUUAAACAGGAGAUCACCAAACUUGACACCGCUCUUUCUUGGUCUAUUGGCAUUGCCUUGGGUACAGCUGGUGUUGCAUUGGCCGCCAUUGUGCUUGGUGUGCUUUGCCCACCUCUGUGGAUUUUUCCCGUUGGCAUAGGGGUGCUAAGCGCCCAAGUAAGUAGAAAUAUACACAAACAACUUCGGAUGAAAAAAGAUAAACUGGCAGAGUUAGGAAAGCAACAGAUGCAGCUUGAAGAACGGAGCAGAAGUUUAGAAGGAAUGCACAAAAUAUAUGCUACCCUCGACCCUAUGAAAUCUGAUAUUGAGCUAAUCAAAGAGAAGCUGGCAGUGUUCGGGCAGAUAUGGCAACUGGUUCAUGCGGACCUCAACACUGUCGAAAAGGGCCUUGAACUCGCAACAAGCGCUGCCGGUGUUGCUAUGUUCAAACGCCGACUUCAGACGGCUUCUAAGGUGUAUGCUUUGCUCGCAGACACUCUUUACCAGUAUGAGACCAAUGUUCACAUACAGAGGAUCGGCAAACUUGAAGACUGAUCCAGACUGCCGUGAUUUGUCCUUUUUGAUCUUGCUUUCUUUGUAACAACUCCGCGUACUACUAGUACAAGUUGAAAGUUAGUCUCGAAAACCAGCUGUUCCGGGAGAUCGGAUAUCCGGUGCACGUUGCGGGGUACUGUCACUUGACC